ACCUUCGUGGAUGCGCUGCGGGACCUGGACGAUGCCCUCUCCAUGUGUUUCCUCUUCUCCACCUUCCCCCGCACGGGCAAGUGCCACGUCCAGACCAUCCAGCUCUGCCGGCGCUUGGCUGUGGAGUUCCUCAACUACGUCAUCGCCUCCCGCUCCCUGCGCAAGGUCUUCCUCUCCAUCAAGGGCAUCUACUACCAGGCCGAGGUGCUGGGGCAACCCGUCACCUGGAUCACCCCGUACGCUUUCGCCCACGACCACCCCACAGACGUGGAUUAUCGCGUGAUGGCCACUUUCACCGAGUUUUACACCACCUUGCUGGGCUUCGUCAACUUUCGCCUCUACCACUCCCUCAACCUGCUCUACCCUCCCAAGAUCGAUGGCCAGGCUGAUGCUGAGCUGAAGCCCAUGGAGGGCAAGGAGUACGCCAUGGAUUCGGAGAGCUACUUGGAGAAACUGUCAGCUCUGAGUGCCAGCCUGGCACGAGUUGUGGCACCGACCCACGAGGACGAGGUGGAGAUGGAUGAGUUCCCAGUGGAGGGGGAGACAGCGGAGCAGAUGGACGUACGGAAGAAGGAGCAGGAGGCCCUGGAGAAGCACAAGAAGCUGUUUGAAGGGCUGCGCUUCUUCCUCAACAGGGAGGUGCCUCGAGAGCCGCUGGCCUUCGUCAUCCGAUGUUUCGGUGGCCAGGUCUCCUGGGACAAGUCCCUGUGCAUCGGUGCCACCUACGAUGUGAGCGACCCUUCCAUCACCCACCAGAUCGUUGACCGGCCCCAGGUGGAGAAGCAGGUUGUCGGCAGGUACUACCUGCAGCCUCAGUGGGUCUUUGACUCGGUCAAUGCCAAGCUGUGUCUCCCUGUGGCCGAGUACUUCCCCGGCGUGCUGCUGCCCCCACACCUCUCGCCCUUCGUGACGGAGCAGGAAGGAGACUACGUGCCCCCCGAGAAGCUGAAGCUGCUGGCCAUGCAGAGGGGCGAGAACCCAGAUGAAGAGAGUGAGGAGGAAGAUGAAGAAGAGGAGGAAGAGGAGGACGACAAUGACAAAGAGGAGGAGGAGGAGGAAGAUGAGUCCGAAAAGGAAGAGGAGAUGAAAUUGAAGAAGAUGGAAGAACAGAAGACUCAGAGCAACAAGGCGCUUCCCGUGAAGGUGACGGCCGGCAAGGUGCGGCUGGAGGACAGGCAGCGCCUGGAGCAGGAGCAGCAGAGUGAGGAGAAGCGCCUGGCCAUCAUGAUGAUGAAGAAAAGGGAGAAAUACCUCUACAAGAAGAUCAUGUUUGGCAAGAAACGCAAAGUCCGGGAGGCGAACAAACUCGCUGCGAAGAGAAAAGCCCAUGACAGCACCGUCAAAGAGGAGAAAAAGAAAAGCAAGAAGGCACGACGAGCGUGA